AUGUCCCUUACUGCCCUUCUAACCAGCGAUUCCGAAUCCCUCUCUUCAAAUGAGUCUCUGAGUAGACAGCUGAAACAUCUCUCUCAGCCAUCUUCAAGUUCGCACAUGUAUUAUGAUCUUAUCCAGGAGCAGUUGGAGGCUGCUGAGCUUCGAUAUAAGCUCAUACAGACUGAAUUGGCCAGAACAACUGCCUCUCUCACCAAAAAUCACUACAGACAGUCAUUUCAGGACCUCCUCAAGGUGCUUAAACUCCCAAGCAACACUGACCCCUUCAACUUCAGCCUCAACUCCAUCAAGGCUUGCGAUGAGCCUCGACCUAAUGCAACAUCUCAUCCAAACAUCUGUUUUUGGCAUCAUGUCAACUAUGAUUCAUGGCUUGACUCACCAGCAGCCAAACGAGCCCAGCGCAGGACAGUUCCUUUUCUUGAAGACGAGAGCGGCCAACCAAUCUCAUCCAAAAUGCUCAAGGCUAUCCGUGAGGGCUGCCGUGUAGCAUGGGCUGAACUUGUUAAAGCAGCGAAGCAGGAGACACUUUCCGAAGACAACAUGGAUGUAUUACCAGAGAAAAAACCUGUUUUUAAGCACAAAGGCAAGACAUGUGCUCACUCACCAGACAGCACAAGCUUAAUCAAGCGCGUGAAAGAUGCCCCAACGGACUCCGCAAUAUCCAGCUUUUCAUCCAACGACAAGACUCAAGAAAGUUCGGACACCAUAAGUCACAAGUUCGGGACUUUCUCUCCUGCUGCAGACCACAAUACAGAUGCCAUAUCACCUCACAAUGCCACCAAACCUGCGAACAGUUUCAUUCUUUUAUGGAACCUCUCAGCAUUACCACUGAUCUUGUCUCUGACCCCUUGGCAACCUGACUCAUCUCCCCCACACGGUGUAUAUCUCCCGCAGCCACCUUCUCACAGAGAUAAUAAGGAAAACAUACCCGUCUUUCUCAAGAAUCCACUCGCAAAUAUGUUUACAAUGAAGCCACCCCCACCCCUACUCAACAACCUGAAUUCUCCACUACACCCACGUACCAAUCCUAGUAUGAGUGCCAGUGCCAGCACAGCCACGACCAUCAUGAGCGCAGUCCUCACCUUGAGCACAGCCACACCUACACCCACCACCAGUUCGGGCAUGAGUGCAAGUACAAGUAAAGGCUCGAAGAUGUGCCCUGGCCCCAAGAAAAAUGCUUACCUCAGUUGCAUAGGAACCUGUGUGCUCUGA